CGGGAUCAGCAGCAAGCCACCUGGCAAGCGGAUUUGGUUUGGGGCCGUGUGUGGUGUUUGCAAGCUUCAAUGUUGAGAAUGUGGUAGUUGGUUCAAGUUGAUUAGAUGAUGUGAACAUGAAUAAAACAUAAUAAAACUUCACAUGAUUCAAACCUGUUUGACGGGUUGGAGAUUCUUCUCUUCUGCCACGUUGAUGAUUGAAAUAAGUUAUAUAAGCUAGUUUCGUAUUGCCAAAGCACAAAGGGCGGGCACAGCGGGUUGAUGGUGGCAUUGCGAAGAGCGCGUGCCAGGAGAGAUUUCUUUCAGAGGAUUGACCAACAGUAUUUGGCCAAGGAAUUGAAGGACAUUGCGAAGUCUGGCCGAGACGGGGAAUUGCCAGAUGCGACCCUUUUUGAUCCGAAGAUCCGCUUGCGCCCGAUGCGGCGGCUGAGCAUGGCAGCCGCUGAAGCAGAAGCAACCAGAGCCUUUUCCGAUGACCAGGCAGACUUUCCGAAAAGCCCAAAAACCAAGCCCUGGCUUCACUACGAAAGCCUGCGUGGACAAACAUAUCCUUCAGGAGGCUUUGGCCCUCGCUAUCGAGACCUUACGCAUGCAGAAGCACAGCGACUUCAGGAGAUGUACAUGCGCAAGAAGAUGAUGGAUCGAAAGAUUCUGUGGCUGAAGCAGUCCCAGUUGCCGAAUCCGCAGAAAGAUGCCAAAAUGACGCUUCGGCGACUGCGGAAACAAGAAGAGCAGGAAAAAGCAGCUGGUGAUGGUGGUGACAUGUAUCCACUGCCAUUUGAGGACAUCCAUCCCGGCAGCCCAAAGCUACAACGAAUGGAAGAACAAGCUCGCUUGGUUGAGUUGGAGAGUCGCUUCAGGGCACGAAUCCGUCAGCAGAAGGUCGAGAAUGCGCGCAUCGUCAAAGCUAAUCAACCCAAGGUGGGAGAACUGGUGCUUGAUCCUAUCCAGCGCCAUGUGCACCGACGCCUGGUGCGGCAGCGCGAGAAGAUCCAUGCGGGGUUGGAGGGCUUCUUGAGUCACAACUCUGCGCAACUCCUCUACGAACACCUGGGUGGCGCAGCGGUGAGCAUCGUUCGCAUCCGGGCCAAGCGUCCACGCUGUACACAGGAGAUCCAGUACAACCUGACCUCUGACCACGACCCUGACUGGGUGCAACGGCAGCUGAACAUCGCCGCUCCCAAAUUGCGCUCUCAAUUCGCUUUGAAGGUCAACAUGGGACAGACGCCCAACAUCAAGUUCGUGCCCUACUCUGAGAGCCAGGAAGUCAAGCGCCGCUACCUCUGGCGUUUUGCGAAGGCGAUCAAGGACGGCAUCCCUGCAGGUGGUUUUGGGACAAAGUUGCCUGCCACCGAAGCCAUUUCAAGACUUCGAAGUGCCGUGACCAGUCGCAGAUGAAAAGAGAAGUGGUCGAAGCAUGUCCAAGUUUCAAAGCAUGUGGUUUUCGAGGAAAUCAUUGUGCAGCUUUUGAAAGGAUUGCUCAGCGAGGUUUUGUAGCCA